AUGAAAGUCCUUUUCCUCACCAUAGCACUAAGACUGUUCUCUAUCCUCAAAGCUGAGGAGUCAUCCCCUUCUGAAGAACAAUUUGAGGGUACAUACUUUGUAAAGGCCAUGGUGACAGACAAUGAAUUUCAUGGGAAGAAGAAGCCUAAGGAGAUGUCACCCUUGACAAUCACUCACCUUAAUGAUGGUGAUCUGGAGGCCAAAUAUACUAUCAACAAAAAUGGCAAGUGCAAAGAGAUUAAAAAGAUAUUAUUGAAAACAAACAAGCCUGGGUUAUUUUCCAAUGAUGAGGGCAAACACCAGGUACUCAUACAAAAGACAUCUGUGAGGGAUCAUUGGAUUGUCUUCUGUGAAAGCGAGUUACAUGGCACACAAAUAAGAUUCGCCCAACUUGUCAGUCCAGAUGCAGAGGAGAACCCACAAGCCUUUGAGGAGUAUAAGAACUUUGUCAGUCUUAAAGGAUUUAAUGCAGCAAAGAUCAGCAUACCCACACAAGCUGAAGCUUGCACCCCGGAACACGCUUAA